AAGAAUUAACUGGUAAGUCCAGCUGCAAGGGAAAUACUUUUAUUCAGAAGGUCAGCCAUCUAUAUGUUCUAGAACGAGAUGGGGCUAAUGAAUGCUUUGUGGUUAAGCAUCCCAGUUAGAGGCUAUAGUAGACCCUGGUGGUUGUCAAUGAGACAGACACCAAGAGAAUUCUUCAGAAAAUGCAUCUUUUUAGUGCCUCUCUGUUAUGAUGGCUAGCGGAGAGUUCACCAUACAGUGCAAUCUUGAGAUAGUAAUUAUCUGUCAUCUUGGAUAUCUGGUCUGCUCAGCAUAGUUGUGACCUGAUGCAUGUGUUUCAUCCCUUCAAAGACUUCAAUGUUGUUAAAAGAAAUAACUCUAGUGGAUGUUGAAGAUAGUGUAGAGAUAUUUACUUGUGUAAAAGCUCAAGUAGACAGUAGGUAACCCAUGACUUUGUACACACUGAUCUUUGUGCCUUUUUUGAGAUGCUUUCUGUUCUGGGUACUUGUACAAUUUGCCAACCUUUUGUUGAUAGUGGCAUUUGACACGAAACACCUCAAGUUAAACUGGUGAACUGUCUUGCUAAUGGUGGUAACCUUCUUCAGAUGUCAGCUGAUUGAAGGUAUGUCUUCUUACAGUUGAAAAAAACUCUGUAGUCACUGUGAAGCAAGAAUUUAUACAUUGCAGGGCUGACUCUGUGUGGGAAACCUGUAAAGCAUUGCUGCUAAAGGGAAGCUCUUCGAUGAAUUGUUGUGUCUUGCUGUGAAACUAGUUAUUUUAAGUUGAAAAAACACCUUUCUGCAUUAUCAGAUAUAGUGGCCCUUCUCCUUAUUGAAAUCUAUUGUGUCCCAUAUGAGCAUCAUACUGAAGAAUAGAAUAUAGCAAAGAAAGUAGGCAUGAGGAUGCAUCCUGAUUUUACAUUGUUUUCCAUUGAGACGGAUUUGGAAAAAUUAUUGUUGUGUCUAACUUGUUCAUGUUAAUCCCUUUGUAACUGAAUGACCAUAAUAUUGAAUUGGUAGGGAGUAUGCCAGUCAUUCCAUGGCUUUUCACUGAACAAAGGACUACACACAGUGUUUGUUUGUAGACCUUACCAAAAAGAUAAGAGAAAAUAAUUCAUUGCUCAACUCAUACUGGUACACCCUAGAAACAACAAGAUCUGCAACUUCAACAUUUGAACAUGGCUUUGUAAAAUAAAUCUUUUCAGUAGAAGUUGCUUGAAGAGAGUGUGAGUCCAUAUAGGCAAUAUGAGUAGCAUGUAAAGAAGAUGGUUAAAAUUGAUGAGUUAAUAAUUAAUCACUUAGCACACAUAGGCACCCCAGAGAAAUGUGUGGAGAUAGGUAACAUUUACUAGCAACCAAAUUUGAAAACAGCCUAUAUGCUUUUUAAGAUAAAUUUUCACAGAAGCCUUUCAGAGAGAGGGAGAGAAAUAGAGGAUAUAUAUAUCCAUGUCAACAUGGAAGGCAUACAUUAAGAGAUGAUUAUAUAUAUAGCUUCCUUUAUCUUGGUGACCAAGUCAGCAGUAGAGGUAGAUGCUAGAAUAAGAAUAGGCUGGGAAAAGUUCAGAGAGCUUCUCCCUUUGUUGGUUACAAAAGGCCUCUCUCUGAAAGUGAAAGACAGAUUGUAUUAUGCUUGUGUGCAUGUACAGCAGUGUGUAAGUGUCUUGAAAGAAAAGUUGAGCAUGAGACAUCAGAUGUGGUAUGCAAGAGAGAUGACUGCUCUGAAUGGUUAUGAUGCAUAUGGACGAGGACAGCUGUGUGAAGAAGUGCUGAUCUCUAACUGGAAGAGGUAGACCCAGAAGACCUGGGGCAGGGUGGUGAAGCAUGAUCUUUGAAUGUUGGGCCUCACAGACGUGAUGACGAGUGAUCAAGAACUUUGGCAUUAGGAAGGGCAUCUAGCCAUAGUAACCAUGCCAAAUGAGACUGGAACCUGGUGCAGCUCUCUGGCUCACCAGUUCCAGUCAAACCAUCUAACCCAUUCCAGCAUGGAAAGUGGACGUUAAAUGGUGAUGGUGAUAUAUAUAUAUAUAAUUUUCAGCAUUUAGGGUCAAGGCCUAAAAUUACAGGUAGCAUAAGGAGAUAAUCAAUUUUCUGGUAAGAAAAGACAUUAGCAUUUCCAAUAAAUAGGGCGAUGUGCAAUAUUCAUAAACCACUAAAUUUGAUUAUGAUGUACCUCCAUCUAAAUUUUCUCUGAGGAAGCUAUUAUGAGUAAAAGAAAAGAAAAUGAGAGCUUAUCUAUACAAUUUAACACAUUUAAUGAUGAAGGUUUAACCUUGAAAAUAAUGGUAACAUAAAGAGAUCAUAAGUAAUCACUCAGCUGAUACAGGCACACCUGGAUAUCUCCAAGAAAUGAGAAGAUACACAACAUUUGUGUGCUGUGAAAUUGGAAUAUGGCAUACCUCCAUUGUAAAACAUUCACAGAGGAAGCCACUUAGAGGGAGAGAGCAAAAUACACAAUAAUAUAAGGGGAGAGAGAGAGAGACUUGGCACACCUCUGUAGUAAAAUUAAUAAAUUUUCAUAGAACAAGCCUCCAAGAGAAAAAAAAAAGCAUACAUAGAUUGGUAUAAAGAGAAAGAGAGAGAGAAUGACAUUUCUCAAAAGAAAUUACUACUGAGGAAAUAACAGAUAUGCAUAAUGGGACAUUGUCAAGGAAAUGGCCUAGCUUAAUGUGCAGAAAAUAAGUAGGGACUCCAAUUACAUCGACUACAUCUCUCAUGUGUCCAUAAUGUUAGUAUAGGUAGGAUUAUAGAGAGGGCAAAUACACUGAGAGUUCAUUUGAAAUAGACUCUCUUCAAUGCUCAUUUGACUCACUGAAAGUAGUCAAUAGCUUCCAUGUCAUCAGUGACCAAAUUAGCAAGGAAGGUAAGUGUUCAGGAUUCAUAGUAAGGGUAAGAAGAGUUUGUAAAUGUUCAGGAAGCUAUUACUUUGCUGGUAACAAAGGUCUUCUAGUAUGAUGCAUGUGUUAGAACUGUAAUGCUGCAUGGUAUUGAGACAUAGCCCUUCAAUGCAGAAGACUCAAAGACAAGAAAGAAACAAAGCAAGAAAGCUCUGAUGUAAACUUGAUGUAAAAGAAAAAUUCGGCAGCCAUACUGCAAAAACAUUAAAAUUUGCAAUGUCUACAAGAGGAAACAAUAUGUGACAACAAAGACAAAAUAAGAUCGAGAAGAGAAGCAGUUACUUCAUUAAAUCCCUAGAAAUUUUGUAGAUCUGAUGGCCAAAGGGAAAUGGCUCUUAAGUAGGUGGAUCAACAGUCAGACAGGAAGUAAUGAGCUGAUGAAUGUUAAUGCUCAAGGGAAAGCUAAAAGUUUGUAUGAUGAUAGUGCCACUUCUAACAAUUUCUAAUGCAAAACUUAUAAUACUUCCAAAAAUUGUCUGAUGUUUCUUGCAGGAGAAAAUGCUACUGAUGAUAUGAAAUUAAAGUCCUUCCUUGUAUAUCACUUCCAAAACCUGAUGUCUUUCAAGGAUUAUUCCUAGUUUAAUAUAAUUGUGAUCUUGUUGGUUGGAGAACUUAGAGCACUUUUCAAGACUUUUUUUUUUGCCUUGCUGUUGAAAGGUACUGUACCAUCCAGCUUACUUAAAUGGUCUUUCUGAUAAACUAAGGAGGAUAAACUUUUAGUUAGAGAUUUAUAGAGAAGGUUCAAUAUUUUGGUUGCAGUGAAUAACAUUACUGAGUCAUGAGAUGAAGUGAAAUCCUCAGCUACGAAUGGUGUUUGGCAAAACAUAUGGUCACAUUGUAUCUGUGAUGUCAUGGGUUUUUCAACAACAGAAAGUUCAUAUCAAUUUCAGCAGGAUAUUGUGAUACUGGUAAAUGCUGUUGGAUUUGAGGAAUUCGAGAGAUUUGUCUAUAGGGCCAUCUUUCCUUUAGACAAUCUUACCAUUAGGGCUAUCUUUCCUUUAGACAAUCUUACCAUUAGGGCUAUCUUUCCUUUAGACAAUCUUGCCAUUAGGGCUAUCUUUCCUUUAGCCAAUCUUACCAGUAGGGCUAUCUUUUCCUUUAGACAAUCUUACCAAGCAAUUGAACUAAAUGUCUCAGCAUUUCCAUUUGCUUCAAUCAUCUAGAUUGUCCUUGGAGAAUAAUAAUUGAUCAUGACAGUGUGCAUAAUAAUUGCUAUAAUCUUAAUAAUAAAAUAAUAAUAAUCAUUAUUGGUGAGCUGGAAGACAAAAUUUUUUGUGGCAUUUCAUCCAUUUUUAUGUCCUAAGCUGAAAUUCUGUCAAGGUCAAGUUUGUCUUUCAUUCCCAAGAGGGUUGAUAAAAUAAGUACCCACAUGAGCUCUGAGGUUCUUGUAAUUGACUAGCCCCCUCUCCACACAAUUUCAGGCUUGUGCUUAUAGUAGAAAGGAUUAUUACUGUUGUUAUAAUGUUUUACUGUGGUAAUUGUUCUUUUUUGAUUGUGUGUAUAUCAGUGAGUAAAUAUAUGCACACACACACACCUAUGCAAUACAAUCCUCCAAAAGAAAUGUAAAAUAACACAAAAUAUGACACCUGCUUUAAACAAACAAAUAUAUAGUAUAGAUUCUGCAAGUUGAGUAAUGUAUAGACACUCUAGACUGUAAUAGAAUUAAUGCUGACCUACUUGCAUUCAAUUAUUACUUGAAAAUUAGUUAGCCAUGGUGCAUGUAUGGUUUUGUGGUUAAGAAGGUCACUUCACAACUUAGUAGUUUCAGGUUCAAUGCCACAGCACAGCAUCUUGAGUCAAUGGAUAGCUUAUGAGUAAAAUUUGAUAGAAAGAAACAGACUGGAUGCCAAUCUGAGGGACUCCUCCUGUCUUUGAGGAGUCCAGUUUAGCAUCAUCAUUUGGUCCUUGGAUGCUUUUAUAAGAGUGCACUCUGUUAUAAGCAUUUGGCCCAGGUCUCCAGUCUGAGAAUAACAUCAUUCCUUGCUUUAGAGAUGAUUCAGAAGGAGUAAUGGAUACUGCCUUUCCACCUUGAUUAAACCUUUAAAAAUAUAUAAGAAAAUUAGAGGUCAAAUUCCAGUGCAGGUCACAGAAUGAACUGUAGACUUUAUGAGAAUCAAAUCAGUUCAAUAUAUUUCUCUUGUCUACAAAGUAUAUUGAAAAGGGAACUAUUUAAAAAAUAGAUUUUUCUAAGUAUUAUUUUUGUUCAAAUAAGUAUGUUUAGACUCAGUAAUUGUGAUACGGUUUAUUGUGAGCCUUUGUUUUAAUUGCGUGUAAAGUUGCAAAAGUCAUUUCACAUUCAUACAUUGUUGUGAAUGGAACGAUGAAUUUGAGGGCCAAUUUGGUGACAUCCGGAUAGGAUUGCAUCAUUUCAAUACAGAAUUCACUGCAACACAUGUUACAGAAGGUGUUUUUUGCACCUCCAUCAUUCAACAAGUCGAACUGUUCUUGUGACAGUACUUACUUACUGCCUUCUUGGCUCUAAUAAUGAGUUUAACAUUACCACAAAGUCAAACAGUUUGGGGGAAGUGUAUAAUCAAUUGUAUUGACUGGUAAAUAUUGGUAUAUUGUCUAACACUCUAUUGAUUAUGUGUAUUCACUGCCCUUUCAGAUCAUUGCAAUAAAUAAUCUCUUACAUGGGCACAAGACUUGAAAUUUUAGGGAAGAAAUUAUCAGUUAUAUCAACACUAGUACUUGACAGUUACUUUAUUUUAUCAACCCCAGAAGGCUGAAAAGCAAAGUCGUUUUCAAUGCAAUUUAAAUUUGAAGCAUAAAGUGAUGUAAUUAAAUAUCAUGAGGUAUUUUAUCCAAUGCUCCACCAAAUCUGAGAAUCCACCCACCUCCCUUCUCAGCUCAUUAUAAUAAUAAUGUCAGACACAAAGAUAAACCACUUCUCAACAAAGAACAGAUUCGCUUGAUCAAAGUUGAAGGUGUGGUUGUUGAUUUUAUAUGGUUUCCAAGCAUUUAUAUAAACAGUAUUUAUAUAAACACUACUACAUUCACCACACAAGCAGUCAUCAAACUGUUUUCUGUAUUUCUCCUUCUUUUUACUACUGGGUGCACAUUGCAAACAUAAAGUUGUAUCUCCUAUCUCUUGUUGAAAAAAUGACAAGUAACCAUAAUGAAGAAAGGCAAAAAAUUGCCAUAGUUACUGGAGGAACAGGUGGCAUAGGUUUCGCAACUUCCAAAGCUCUUGCUUCUCAAGGUUACAAUUUAAUUCUUGGUUAUCUUUCUGACAGUGAAAAUGCCAAGAAAUGCUUACAGGAAUUGGAAACAGAUUUCAACAUCGAAGUUCGGACAAUUAGCGGAGAUGUUUGUGAAGAAGGCACUGUGAAUUCGUAUUUUAGCUGCUUGAAUGAAAUGAACGGCAAGCUCACUGCUAUUGUUCACACUGCUGGACUUUUUAAACCAAAUUCUUUUUCGAAGGACCCGAAUACUUGUUUUAGUACUUUUGAAUACUACGACUAUUACCAAGAUAUCUAUCCUAAGUGUUUCAUACGUUUAGUAGAAACGGGAAUGAAGUUUAUGGAAGAUGGUCAUGGCUAUAUAGUCUGCUUGUCAAGCCCUGGUUGUAAUAUCAAUGACCAUGUCCGACUUGGUUACAUGAUGCCAGGUACAGGGAAAUGUGUACUUGAGUACCUGUCUCGUCAUUAUGCUAAAAUGUUAGCAAAGAGGGGAAUCUCUUGUAAUUGCAUUGUUCCUGGAUACAUACAAACGAAACCAUGGAAACUGAGAGAAAGCAUUUUGGGUCCUGAUGUUGGUUGCCAGAGAACACCGAUGGGUCGAUGGGGUCAACCCGAAGAAAUAGGAGAUUUUAUUUCAUAUUUAUGUUCUCCUAAAGCAAGUUUUCUUACCGGUGCUACCAUUCCAUUUGACGGAGGUUUGAGUCUUGGGAAGCAGUGAAUUUAAAAAGAGAUAAUUAACAGCUAUCUCUGAGUUUUUCAGAUCUUUAUGGAAAAGUUAUAUUCAAAGUUAGAAUAUAUUUCAAUAAUUUUUCAUCUUAUAUGCAUUGAUAAAGAGAAUAAAGUUUAUUCGACGAACUUUUUUUUACAUAAUCAGAAUUCAUUUGGUGGUUUAAUAAAUCAACUAAUAUUUUUCUUAAUGGUAUUCGUCUAUUUUCAUCGUACUGAUUCCAAGAAAUAUUGAUCUGUGAUAUUUUUUUAUUUUUAUAUAUUUACCAUGCACCGUGGAAACUCUGUUUUACCACCUCAAACAAUUUGUUGAAACCGCUUAUAAAAGUGCACGGGGUAUCUAAAUUUUGGUGAAGUACUGAUAAAUGGAAUGGCUAACAGAAGCAUCUGCUUAUAGUCUUUAAUUUACUCGGAAUAAAAAAUAACAAGUUAAA